AUGAAGAUUCUAAUGCAAACAGCCGAAUACAUCGACAACAUGUGUAAUAUAUCCUUGAGCGAUGUGUGUCGUCACAUUGAUCAGGUCAAUAAGCUCAAGAACAGAAGUGAAUAUAGAAUGUUUGGAUCGCGAGCAUUUACAUCAACACAAACUGGUCAUAGAUGUACGUCAUCGGCGAAAUUCACCUCUACUAGACAAGCUGAAAAUGAUAUUGCAGAUCGAUAUCGACUCGAUGAAGUAGAAGAUGAAACACAUCCAAAACGAAGUCUAGCGUGUGCUUUAAUCUCCACAUUGUGUUGUCCGCUUUUAGGUAUUCUUGCUAUUUAUUAUGCGACUCGUGCAGUUCAAGCACAUAAUCAAGGGUUUUAUGCUGAAGCAACAACAUUCUACAAAAAAUCAAUACGAUGGUCAUUGAUUACGUUCAUUAUCGGUCUCGUUCUCGGUUCCAUUGUCGCUUUUGGAUUCUUUGUCAAAGCUGUUCUCGCUGUUUGA